CUUCGGGGCGAAAUGGGGAGUCUUCUUUGGAAACGGGAAUGAGGUCGCCCAGGGGGUGUGUUGGACGCCAGGCCCCGGUGAGGGGCGCGGCUCUGCUGCAUCUGUUAAAAAACCGCCCUCAGCUUCAGCCUUGCACCUCAAUUAAGGCGGCAAAAGGCGGAAUUCUCAUGCUUUUGAGUUCGUGCGAAAUGCUUUCCCUCGCCUCGGCCCUGAAAAACGAAUGCACAGUAUUAAAACUCAGUAUGGCAACAAAAGCCCUGGUAAUACACCGGGGGUUAAAGGGAAGGAUUCCAGGUUCAGGGGUGUAGCUUUCCCGCUGGGCUUGAACAGAAGAAUUUGUCACGAGCUGAAGAUGGUUUUAAAUGAGAUGAACGGAGAUGGGUCUGAGCAAGAGGAUACCAGAUGCCUGGAGCCUGAUGUCAUUGCCAAGGGAAAUAUACUUGAGACCUUUUCAGAGAGUAAGGAGAUACAGGAGUUGAUUAAUUCUCUCAGAUCAGUGCAUGAAGACCUAUCAUCGAGAGAAACAGUGCUUGAAAAAUUUAAAGUUAUAUUGAACAAUUAUCAGGAACAGCCUCACCUUUUGGAUCCACAUUUAGAGUCAAUGUUGAAUUCACUGCUGCUUAUUAUCCAGGAUGAAGCAUCUCCCUGUUCUUUAAUUCAUCUGACCUUUCAAUUUCUUUACAUCAUUUCAAAGGUACGAGGGAAUAAAACUUUCCUUCGCAUGUUUCCUCAUGAAGUAAUUGAUGUACAACCUGUCUUGGAUAUGCUGGAAUCUCAGAAUCCUAAAGACUAUGAGACCUGGGAGACACGCUACAUGCUCUUGUUGUGGUUGUCUGUAACAUGCCUGAUCCCGUUUGAUUUGGCACGGCUGGAUGGAAAUAUCUCUUCCCAAGAAGGAUGCCCUCGAGUGCCAACAAUGGAUCGCAUCCUCAAAGUGGCAAAAUCCUAUUUGAUUGUAAGUGACAAAUCUCGAGAUGCAGCUGCAGUUUUGGUCUCAAAGUUUAUUACCCGCCCUGAUGUCAAACAAAAAAGAAUGGCAGACUUCCUGGACUGGACCCUUUCAACGUUAUCUAAAUCCUCCUUUCAGACUAUGGAGGGAACUAUUGUAAUGGAUGGCAUGCUUCAAGCCCUGGCACAACUUUUUAAACACGGCAAAAGGGAAGACUGUUUGCCAUAUGCUUCUACAGUGCUUGACUGCCUUGAUAACUGCAAGCUCUCUGGAAGUAACCAAACACUCCUUCGCAAGUUGGGAAUGAAACUUGCUCAGCGACUUGGCCUGACAUUUCUUAAGCCAAAGGUGGCAAAGUGGAGGUAUCAACGGGGUUUCCGAUCUUUAGCUGCAAAUUUGACGUUUUCUGCAAGUAGUCCUGUUGUACAGGAAGAAAUAAAUGCAACGGCUGUCAAGGAGGAGGAAGAAGAAGAGGAAUAUGACAUCCCAGGAGAGAUUGAAAAUGUUAUAGAGCAAUUGCUGAUUGGACUGAAAGACAAGGACACCAUUGUCAGAUGGUCUGCAGCAAAAGGGAUCGGGAGACUGACUGGAAGGCUACCAAAAGAGCUGGCUGAUGAUGUAGUUGGAUCUGUCUUAGAUUGCUUCAGUUUCCAGGAAACUGAUAAUGCUUGGCAUGGUGGAUGUUUGGCUCUGGCGGAAUUAGGAAGAAGAGGGUUGUUACUUCCCUCCCGGCUCUCAGAUGUUGUUCCUGUGAUUUUAAGAGGACUGAGCUACGAUGAGAAGCGAGGAGCUUGCAGUGUCGGCUCUAAUGUUCGGGAUUCUGCUUGUUAUGUAUGUUGGGCUUUUGCUCGUGCCUAUGACCCCUUAGAACUGAGACCAUUUGUCAAUCAGAUUUCAAGUGCCCUGGUUAUAACUGCUAUAUUUGACCGUGAUAUUAAUUGCAGAAGAGCUGCCUCGGCUGCCUUCCAGGAGAAUGUUGGUAGACAGGGUACUUUCCCACAUGGGAUUGACAUUUUGACUGCAGCUGAUUAUUUUGCGGUUGGAAGCAGAGCGAAUUGUUUCCUCAAUAUAAGUGUAUAUAUUGCUGGGUUUCCUGAGUAUACACAGUCAAUGAUUGAUCACCUGGUUAACAUGAAGAUCAACCACUGGGAUCCUGUUAUUCGGGAUCUUUCAAGCAAAGCUCUGCAUAAUAUCACACCACAGGCUCCAGAAUAUAUGGCAAACGAAGUUUUACCAAAACUGCUGCCAUUGGCGAUUGGCACAGAUCUUCAUACUCGCCAUGGAGCAAUUCUGGCAUGUGCUGAGAUCACUCACGCCUUGAGUAAACUAGCAGAAGAAAACAAGAGAUCCAUUACAUCAUAUUUGGAUGAAAAAGCCUUGGAAGGACUUAAACAGAUUCAUGUGGAGCUUUCCCGUCGUCAGUUGUAUCGGGGUUUAGGUGGAGAACUAAUGAGGCCAGCUGUCUGCGCUUUAAUUGAAAAGUUAUCACUUUCAAAAAUGCCUUUUAGAGGAGAUCCCAUAAUAGUUGAAUGGCAGUCGCUGAUAAAUGACACUUUCAAAAGUCUCCACCUUGUUUCAAGCAAUGCAAAGCAACAAAUAAAGGAAUCGGCAGUCGCUGCAUUAGCUGCUCUGUGUAAUGAAUACUACUACAUUGAAGGGGAGGGAGCAAAUCCAGCUCAGCAAGAUGAGCUGGUAAAUCAAUACAUUUCAGGCCUUCAGAGCCAUGAGGAAAUGACUCGGUGUGGCCUUUCAUCAGCCUUGGGUGCCCUUCCUAGGUUUCUUCUAAAAGGCAAGCUUCAGGAGGUUUUAGACGGCUUAAAGGGAGUCACUUCCAUUUCCCCUCAGCAUGUGAGCUUUGCUGAAUCCAGAAAAGAUGGCCUAAAAGCUAUUUCAAAGGUUUGCCGAACAGUAGGUGUGAAAGGGGAAGGAUCACCAGCUGAAGUUGUAUGCAGGAAUAAUGUCACGGAGAUAUACAACACAUUGCUGGAUGGUCUUAAUGAUUACACAACGGACAGUCGGGGUGAUGUUGGAGUAUGGGUGAGAGAAGCUGCUAUGACCAGUUUAAUGGAAAUGACCCUUUUGUUAGCACGGACUGAGCCAGAGCUAAUCGAUGCAAAUGUCUCCAAGCGGAUCAUGUGCUGUGUGGCUCAGCAAUCAGCUGAAAAAAUUGACCGAUUUCGAGCCCAUGCGGGAUCUGUGUUCCUCACACUUCUGUACUUUGACGACCCUCCAAUUCCACACAUACCCCACCGGGAAGAUUUGGAAAAAAUAUUUCCCAGGUCAGAGGCAGUAGCCUUAAACUGGAAUGCUCCAUCACAAGCCUUUCCCAGAAUCACACAGCUUCUGAGUUUGCCAUCUUAUCAAUACCAUGUUCUGACAGGACUGACCGUGUCUGUUGGUGGAUUGACCGAAUCAACAGUAAGGUGCUCAUCACAGAGCCUGUUCAGCUAUCUGAAGGGAAUUCAGAGCAAUAUGGAUGCAAUGAACAGCUUUUGUGAUACGCUGCUCAAGGUCUUUGAGGACAAUCUGCUGAAUGACAGGAUAUCUGUACCGUUGCUGAAGAUGCUGGACCAGAUAUUGGCCAAUGGCUGCUUUGAUAUUUUUCUAACUGAAGAGAACCACCCAUUUCCUAUGAAGUUACUCACACUCUGUAAAGAAGAGAGCAGAAGAUCUAAAGAUAUCCAGAAACUUCGCUCCAGCAUUGCAGUGUUUUGUGGUCUGAUCCAGUUUCCAGGCAGCAUGAGAGAGAAAGUUCUGUUUCAGCUCCUCCUCCUCCUUUGCCAUCCAUUUCCUGUUAUAAGAAAGACAACAGCCAGUAAUGUGUAUGAAAUGCUCAUAACCUACAGUGAUAUUGCUGAACCGGAUAUUAUAGAGGAGGUCAUGACAAUUCUAAGUGACACUAACUGGGAUGCAGAAUUGCCAUUUCUGAGGAAGCAGCGCAACUAUCUCUGUGACUUAAUGAAAGUGCCCAAACCACAACUAGCAGCUAAGAGCACAUAAUUGAAAACAGUCAAUAUUAGGAAAACAAGUUCUUCAGAGCAGUAGAUACAACGGAGGAAGGAGCUACUGUCACAGCAACUUGAAAAGUCAGGAUUGUGGAAGCGUCUUUUUAGAAGCUGUGUGCAGAAGGAGUUUUAAACUCAAAUAUAUGUUAACAAAACAAAAGUCUAUUUCUAGUCACUCCUUAAUCUCUAACCACAAGAUGGCAGUUUGGUCACAUGUUAUUCUCUUUCAUGUUCAAUAUGUAUGCUGAUGUUUUGUGUUUCUUUCCCCAAACUAGAUUAAACAUCUAUUGGAAAGAUCAUCCUACCAGCAUUUCUUGUAUAGUCCAUCUUCUUCAGCUGUUAGCUUGGUUUGCAGUGAAUAGUUAAUGCACCAAUAAAGGCAGUUUGCAUGCACUAAGGGACUUUAUCCUGUCAAAUGAAAUUAUGUACCACUGUUUUUGUAAGAAGAACAAAUGCACAACUCCAGUUGCUGUGCAUAGAAGGGCAGCUAGCAGCUUUGCUGUACGGGAAAGAAGAGAAACACACACUCCAAGCAAAAAGGUUUGUUUGUAUGCUUGGUAUGCAAUGUGGCACAAUGAUGUUCAGGAAAGGGACUAUUGAUGUUCUUGGCAUGUGUGAAGGGCACCAAAACAAUGGGAUCAUAACCUAAAUUCAUUGUGUGAUUUCAACUGGAAAAAUGUUACCUCUAUAAACAGGAAGUAUAGCUGACUCUCCUGUCCCCACCACCAAUUUGAUAUGAAAACUCUCAGCCUGCCAUACAUUAACAUUCACUGGCAGUGUUCAGAUACUGACUGUUUUCUAACAAGAACUACUUCUACAUAACCUUGCUGGUUGUUCCUCUUUAUCAGAUGCUUCUGGCUACAUGCUUAAGACCCUUUCACUGAUGUAAAAUGAGACACCAACCAGAGGGAGGGGCUCACUUUGGUUCUCCAGUCUAGACAAAUUUAUUUUGCACCAUUUUUGCAUAGCCAAAAAUGGGAGUGGGGGAAAAUAACAUUUCCAAAAACAUUCUUUGGAUGCUGCUCACAGCAGCUUAUUGCCCCAGUAGCUCCAGGUAGGAUGUUUAAAAAAACAUCCCCAGGCUUUUCAGACAGUUUUAAACCUGCAGACUGUUUCUGGGCAAGUGCCCUAGGAAUAUAACUGAAGGGUGCUAUAUUAUUAUUUGUAAUAUAUAUUAUCACUACUAUGGAACAGGAGUGCCCUAAAUGACUAGUUAAUCUCACAAUAGGGGCAAAAAUAUAAUGGAGACCGUUUCCAAGCACCUUUAUGUAAAUUAUAUUCUAAUUCUCGCAUUCAACUUCCACCUAGCCUGAGGUGUAGCCUUUUUAAGCCCUGCAUAUAAACCACAUGUGUCACACAGCAUAGGGGGACUUUACCUUAGAGGAGCCUCCAGCUGUUCCUGUCAAUGCUGGAAUUACACAGGCCCUCACCACUUCUUGAUACAUAGGCCAACUGUAAAUGCACCCUUCUAAAAAACAAUGCAAGAACAAUUGGGUGUGCGUCCCCUAUAAUGCUAGACAUUUCAACGUGUUAGCUAGGGUAGGGUGGGGAAUCAUCAAAGCGGUGGCUUGUCUCAUUUCCUCCAAAAUGCAGGUUGUAAUAGAUCAGCAGGAUCUCAUCCUACUACAGUGGUGCCUCGCUUAACGAAUGCCCUGCUUAACGAAAUUUCCGCUUAACGAAAGGAUUUUUUCGAGCGGAGGUUACCUCGCUAGACGAAUGCGUUUUACGAGAAAUCCGUCUAGCGAAUCGCGGUUUCCCAUAGGAAUGCAUAGAAAUUCAAUUAAUGCGUUCCUAUGGGCCAAAAAAAAUUCAAUGCAUUCCUAUGGGAUUCGCUAGACGAAUUUUUCGCUAUAAGAAAAGACCCGUGGAACGAAUUAAUUUCGCCUAGCGAGGCACCACUGUAUUCCUUUACAAUGUGUGAUAGGUGCAAAGGAGUGACAACCUUGAAAUGCUAUCAACUGUGGGAAACUCCUUCUGUACACCUUCAGAUCGAGAGCAGCAUUCACAGAAAGAUUAGAUUGUAUACUAAGCUUUGCUGUCACUCCAACAUUAGCUGUCCCCCCCUUUUAAAGGAAAUACAAGAAGUAUUUCACCUUUUAAUUUACUAAUACCUGUUUUGAGGAAUUCCUUUGGAGGUGAGAGCAGAAACAGGCUAGCAUCUCCUCUGGUUUGUCUAGCAACAUAAAGCCUUCCAGUGCACCAUAUUCUUCAGUUAAAAUGAUAAUAAUCCACAGCUUCCUUCAGAUUCAACAGCUUCAAGUUUUCCUCAAACUGUCCACCUGUCAAAUCCUGUCAAAACAAAGAUCAAUUAGUUGAAUCUGUCUGACAUACUUAGAUUUCAAAGACCCUUCUUUACAGGAGUGUAUAUGGUUGGUGUUUUUUUUUGUUUGUCUGUCUGGUUGGUUGUAAAUCACUUUGGGUUGCUGUGGGCAAGUUAAAAGUUGUGCUAAGAGAUACAGUUAAUAGUUUGUACUCCUUCCUUCUCAACCCUUGCUUCUUUUCCUGCCCCGAAACUAUGUAAAUCCUCUAUGAAACCACAACACUUCUGUGAUGCAAGCAUACAAUAUUAAUAUUUAGUCACAGCAACAGUCAUUGUCAGUUGAACUGAGUCCAAUACGGGUGUGUAGGAUUCUCUUCCUAACAUGUUAAGCUUGUAGGAACAUUUCGACUACAAUCACACUGUAAAGUCCAAUAAUUUAAGGACUUAAACUUGAGCAUUUUCCAUUUCAUGCCCUUUUACUGUAUGUGGGAUACCUGCAUAUCUUACUGGUAAGUCUGAAGGGAGUUUAUUGUCAGUCUAGGAUAUUUUUUGGGGGGGGGGAGUGCAAGUCUGAAAUAAAUUUGAUCCAUAUUAUAACGAUUACGAUCUAUUAAUAGAGGUUUCAUUAUUCCAGAUAAGAAAUGACCAGAGAGCAUAGCCAGGGGGUUCCAGCAGUAUACUGGGUCAUACAAAUACUGGCUUAUCAGAGCUCAUCAGGUCUCCCAUCCCUCUUGACACUUGCACAUGCUGAUGACAUUGCUCUGCCCCCCCCCC